AUGGCUACAGAAGAAGACAAUUUUGACAUUGACAUCUAUGGUGAAGGUGAACCUGAUGGCGCUAUGGGCCACGAUGGUCAUAUGGACUAUAACGACGACGAUGAAGAGGUUAAUUUUGACCUAGGUCAAGACGAUUUUGCACACGCUGAGGAAGCCGCAGUCAAACAUGACAUAGAGCCACAUCAGAAUCAGAAGCCUGAAACACCCUUGCAGACCGACAAGACCGAAACCCAAUCCCAACCACAAGGACAUGCCAGUGGACGAGAAGAUGCGCCUAGUCAACCCCAGACAAUCCCCGUGAAGCCACCAUCUGGCCUCGCACCUCAGCAGGGAACGAAACGCAAGGAAUCAUCUGGUGAAAGACCUCUCGAUGCCGGUGCUACGAGCGCCCUGAUGAUCUCAGAUCUUCAUUGGUGGACUACCGAGGACGACAUUCGUGGUUGGGCUAAUGAUGCUGGCUCUGAAGAGGAUUUGAAAGACAUCACUUUCAGUGAACACAAAGUCAAUGGGAAGAGCAAAGGGCAAGCCUACAUCGAGUUUUCCUCCCCCCAUGCCGCUACAGCCACAAAACACCAAAUUGAACAAGCCGGAGGAGCCAAUGCUGCUACCCGCAAGCACAAUGUGGUCUUCACCAACCCCAUGCAAAACCCAUUCAAGACGCUCCCCAAGGACGCUCCUACUCGUGCCCGAGAGGAGCGGCCGGUCCGAGGUGGGUCGACUGCUUUUAACCCCACAACCCACACUCAGAAUCAUUACGGCACGAACAAUCAAGGGUAUCGAGGUGGAAGAGGUGGUGGAUUCAACCGUGGAGGCUAUAACGCCCACGGUGGUCACAACCAAUACAACCGCAACUUCUCUGGUCCUAUGGGGGGUGGGUACAAUAAUAACAACCACAACAAUGGGGGAUUCCAAGGCAACAUGGGCAUGAACAACAACUAUGGCGGAUUCAACCGAGGCGCUAUAAUGAACAACUCUAUGAGGGGGGGUAAUAUGGGUGGCAUGCGCGGAGGUAGAGGAGGCAUGAACAACAUGAUGCCGAUGGGAGGCGGGAUGGGCAUGGGGAUGGGUAACAUGGGAAUGAAUCCUAUGAUGGCCGGAAUGGGCAUGGGAGGUAAGUAUCGAUAG